GCGUUGGCUGACGGAAACAAAAGGAAACGCGAACAAUGGUAACCCUCGAUUUGCGGAACUCUCGCAAGUCGCUUCAAAAUAUUAAUGUCUCACUGUUUUAUGGUGUGACAACGCUGUGGUUAAGGUCUGGUUAGGUUUAGGCACAAAACUCACUAUAUUAGGGUUACUGAAAGAUCAGAGUUGGAGUUAAUAAUAUUACUUGAAACAUGGUGAGGGUUAAAGUUACUACCUCUUUAUAAAUCUCGCGAGAGUUCUCGCAAAUCUAGGGUUACCAUCUAGACACAACCCUGCAAGACGCUUGAAUCGGAGCUCGUCUGUUUGUGUUUAAUUUUGGACAAAAACGGCGAGUUACAAUAACCAAAUGACUAUCAAUAUCUGUGUUUAGCUUUAAUGUAACUACCAAAGAUGGUAGUUAACCUUGAGUCAACUCGGAUGCGGAUUCAACUUGUAAAACUCAACUACGGAGAAGAAUGUCUUUACUGGUUCGCUAGCUAGCUAGCGUUAGCAUUCAGGAUGGGAAACAUCAAAAUAUCAGCCCCCCUACGAUGACUGAGUCGUGACAUUGUUGUCUCUCGAAAAAAAAAACGCGGCGAGAAAAGAGAGUUUCGUGUGUGCCUUUAGCUACCUCCGAGACGUGUCGAGGCUGUUUACAUGAUGAAGAACUGCGAGUACCAGCAGAUCGACCCGCGGGCGCUGGCGGUGUCGCCGUCGUCGGCACAAAACCACACCGAGAAGAAAGCGCAGCGGCCGCGGAGGAAAUGGGAAGUGUUCCCGGGGAAGAACAGAUUUUACUGCGAUGGACGGAUCAUCCUGGCCAGACAGAGCGGUGUCCUCCCUCUGACACUGGGCCUUAUUGUUGUCACUUGUGGCCUUUUCUUUGCAUUCGAUUGCCCUUUCCUGGUAGACCAUCUGACCGUCUUCAUACCUGUGAUUGGUGGGGUGCUUUUUGUGUUUGUGGUCAUCUCCUUGCUGAGAACCAGCUUUACAGACCCUGGCAUCCUACCUAGGGCCACCCCAGAUGAGGCUGCAGACAUAGAGAAGCAGAUAGAUACCUCAGGAUCCUCCACGUAUCGCCCUCCUCCGCGGACCAAGGAGAUCCUCAUCAACCAGCAGGUGGUAAAGCUUAAAUACUGCUUCACUUGUAAAAUGUUCCGGCCUCCUCGGACCUCCCACUGCAGCCUGUGUGACAACUGUGUCGAGCGAUUUGAUCACCACUGCCCGUGGGUGGGGAACUGUGUGGGCAAGCGCAAUUACCGCUUUUUCUACAGCUUCAUCAUCUCUCUGUCUUUUUUGACAUCUUUCAUAUUUGGCUGUGUCAUCACACACAUUACUCUGCGUUCUCAAGCAGGUAAAAGCCUUGUCCAAGCCAUCCAGGAGAGCCCUGCCAGUGUGGUGGAGCUGGUGAUUUGUUUCUUCUCCAUCUGGUCUAUUCUGGGCCUCUCAGGCUUCCAUACUUACUUAGUAGCCUCCAACCUCACAACAAAUGAAGACAUUAAGGGCUCCUGGUCAAGUAAAAGGGGUGCAGAGGAGUCUGGGAACCCAUACAGUUACAACAGCAUUAUAACCAACUGCUGUGUGACGUUAUGUGGCCCUAUGCCUCCAAGUCUGAUCGACAGAAGAGGCUUCCUGCCUCCUGAUGAAGCAAUCCCUGCUGCUUCCGCCUUGGAGAUAGAGCUGCCUCCCUUCGCGGCCAAGAAUGACACGCACAUGUGCACUCAGAGCACCAAGGACGUGCUGGAGAGGAUGGUCCACUCCUCUGACUUUCAUGGCCUCUGCCCUCCUGGCACCCCAAAAACCACCCCCCUGGUCCCGGAGGUUUCCGGCAACAUGGCACCCUCCGCAGAGCCUUCGCCCACAGCUGGCUGCACACGACAGCACGCCCACCAGUCCGUGGCCGGACCUUGCCCUCCGUUCACCAGAAGCAGCAAGAGGGACUCGCUGCACUCCAUCAACCCGGCCUUCCGUCUGGCUUCUCCCUCACCGUCGCUUAGCCGCGUCACGCUGAUCAUGGGCGAUGCACCUGAUAUUGGCUUUAUUCCGCUGCCCUGAGGGCAACCAAACUUUUUUUUUUUUUUUUACAGUGGCAGUCAUGCUGUGUGUUGUCAUUUGGUAUCUCAAGAUGUCAUUCUGAUGAGUUGAUGAAGCAUUACUCAGAGGGUUUUUAUGUUCUGUGAGUUAUAUAAACAAUGUCUUACACGUACUUCAGGAUGGAGGUUAAACUUAGUAACACUGGUAAGCACAAUAUAGAGAUAUUUUUUGAACACCUUUUUAUUAUAAGACACCCAGAACAUGCCUCCUCAUCCUCCACAGAACCUCAAGCCAUACAUCACAGCCGCAGUGUUUAAUUUCCUGCUAAUAUCUUAUGCAAACAGGUCUUUUAAAUCUGGGAAGUACAUCUGUGGAUGCAAGAAGUGCAAAAACAAAAGUUUAGAUUCACUGAACUGGCAUGCUCAGGAUAGUGAGCCAUUUCAGGAUCAAUAACUGGAGAGUUAGCCUUAUGUCAUUUAAAUCUACUUCAUCCCAUUGUCAUCAGGUGGAUCCAGUCUUUAUAUGAAUAAUCAGAGUUUGAAGGAGAAAGUGCAGUCUUUAUUUUAUUUUGAAUCUUUGUAUAUCAAAAUUUUUUGCUCUAAUUUGUCAUCGGUUCUGCAAGUCUUGUGCGUUUCUUUUGAUUGUACGAGCUGUUUCUCUUUAGGAGACUGUAAUGGGAAGAGGAUACAUAAAAGAGAUCAAACUGAAAUCUGACGCAUUUCUCAACAUAUUUUCAAAUGUCUACUUUGUCGCUUUAUCUCAUGUUGGUUGUCAAACCCACGUAUUUAAUUUAAAUCAAAAUCACAUCUGCUGCUGCCUGCUGGGGCUUGGAUUGCAGUAUUUAUAGCUGACACAUUAUUUCCUAUUAAUGUGAUCUACUGGGAUGCUCCCAGUACGAGUGGGCAUCUGCUUUUUCUUCGCCUCAGGGCACAUAAACAGCACGUUGCCCGUCACGAGUGUAUUUGUGGUCACAGGCUUGAUGUAUGGACUGUUCCAAGCAGAGAAAUAUUUUAGGAAUGUUCAUGAGACCUCUUUACGCGCAGGGCUAGCUGUCAAUUUCACGGCUGUGACCUUUUCCUGCUCUUACAGCGUGGAACCUGACCCCCUAUAUCUGUGACAGUGGAGUACAAUUUCUUAUGACAGUAAAUGGCAGGAGUUAGUUUGAGCCACUAGGGGGCAGGAUGCGAAUAAGGAUUGCAGUCUAGUCAGACAACAGCUUAGUAACUACUAGAAGAAAGGCCUUUUGAUGUCUUAUUUAUUUUUUGUAACUGAACGUUGAAGCUGGACAUAGGUUGUGAAUUUGUGAAGAACGACUUCGCCAUAGUCAGUAGGAUCGUCCAUUUACAGUCUGCAUCAAGACUGUAGGUUGUGUAGACGAUUACAAGCAGUGCUUGUAUGAACAAACUUGUUUGUAUUUUGUAGGAUGUAACAGUGGAACUGUGACAUUUGGUCAAUAAAAAUGAUCGGUUUUGUUCACUUUU